ACUCACCUCACUCGCUCAACGCUUCGACAAAAAAUUACAGUACUUCGCCACAACAGGCUUCCAGUGUCUCCAAAGGAGCAGGUUGAAUCCGUGAGCACCGACAGCAAAUUCCAAGGCUCGUCUUCUUCGGGUAGGAUAGGCGGUUUCGUCUUUCUAGCGACGGCGUUAGGACGCAGCUGCUACGCGCUGUCGUAGCACGCCGUUUCGUGUCAGCCACGAAACCAAGGUUCGCUCGCAGGAACAACAAGAACAACAACAGCAUCAGUUCCCUCUCGUGUCAUGACCGCGGCUCUCGCUGCCGCCGCAAAGGCAGCGAUCCGGCCGCGCGCGCAGCGGCGGCAGGUGAUUCAGCUGACGGACGCCGCGGCGGAUCGGAUUCGCGAUCUGCUGACGAGGCGGAACAAGGAGUACCUGAAGCUCGGCGUGAAGUCGCGCGGCUGCAGCGGGAUGAGCUAUACUCUUACCUACGCGGACGAGCCUGGGAGGUUCGAUGAGGUGGUGGAGGACAAGGGUGUGCGCGUGGUGGUGGAGCCCAAGGCGCUGAUGGCCGUCAUCGGCACCACUGUGGACUUCGUGCAAGACCGCCUCAAGUCGGAGUUUGUGUUUGUGAAUCCCAACGCCAAGGGCGAGUGCGGCUGUGGCGAGUCCUUCAUGACAUGACAGGACCGUCGCUCAGGUGGAAACAGUACUGCAACUUGUACAGAGAGCAACGACAUGUGUUGAGCAGUGUUUGCUUGCAGAGACCGCUGGAGAGUGCUGCUGGUAUUACGGCUUGAAGACGAAUCCCUUUUGUGCACUUAUUUCUCCUUCAUGGUUCACUUUGUAUAGAACAUUCGUACAAAAGUGCUUACAUUUCAUUUAGUGAUUUAGCAUGAGACUAUAGAAUGGAGCAAGGUGAUUGCCCCAUGAGUGGAGUGCACCCUUAGAAAGACGUACUCUGUGUCGUUUGUCGAGAGACCCACUGGGGUUACCCUUGAGAGGAUCAUCGGGGAAGGGCCACAGGUGCAGAGCCUGAGGGACUAUGGGCGCACUGACCCGCUAUUAAAAAAUCCUAUUAAGUGGUUAGUGGCUGAGUUCUGUCAUCUUUGUCAUGCCUCGUCAUACGCCAAUAUGUCUUCAGUGUACAAUGGGAAAAAUUAUGU